AUGGCGCCGAUUGCAAUUGCUCCUACUCCCGUCCCGAGUCACGAUCUGGCCAGUACGUUCCAUAACAGUUCUCCGGAAGCACAAAAACUUCCAAUGACGGCCAAGAAGAUGGGAAGCUAUCGAGGUUAUGACAACGUCCACUGGUAUGUGGGCAAUGCAAAGCAAGCGGCCGCUUUCUACAUUUCUCGAAUGGGAUUUGAGAGAAUAGCGUACCGUGGACUCGAGACUGGCUCCAGAGUGCUUGCUUCUCAUGUCGUCCGCAACGGAGAGGUCACCUUUGUCCUUACCUCGCCACUGCAGAGUCCAGAUUCCACGGUUGGAUCACUCUCCGAUGAGGACAGGAGCCAGCUUACCGAGAUUCAUGACCAUCUGAAGGCUCAUGGUGACGCCGUCCGUGAUGUUGCUUUUGAGGUUGAUGAUGUCGCUGCCGUGUACGACGCAGCCGUCGGAAGAGGUGCCCACUCAGUCCAGCCACCAAAGACUGUAAGCGACGAAUUUGGGGCGGUUCAAUAUGCUCAGAUACGGACGUACGGUGACACGAUUCACACUCUGAUUGAGCGUCAUCAGUACAAAGGGGCCUUCAUGCCUGGGUUUCGAGCUGUCACUGAAGUUGAGAGAACCGCAAAGUAUCUUCCUCGGGUCGAUUUGGAAGUGAUCGAUCAUUGUGUUGGGAAUCAGGAUUGGGAUGAAAUGGAGGCUGCCUGUGAAUACUAUGAAAAAGCACUUGGAUUUCACCGGUUCUGGUCGGUCGACGACAAGGACAUCUGCACAGACUAUUCUGCAUUGAAGUCGAUCGUUAUGGCUAGUCCCGACGAAUGCAUCAAGAUGCCGAUCAAUGAACCAGCCAAGGGCCUCAAAAAAUCACAGAUCGAAGAAUACGUUGAUUUCUAUAACGGCGCAGGAGUCCAACAUAUCGCCUUGAGAACCAACGACAUCAUUACCACGGUGACCAAUCUUCGGGAGCGAGGGAUCGAGUUCAUCAGCGUACCGGACACCUACUACGAGUCAAUGUCAAAGAGACUUGAAAGCGCCGGGAUGAAGUUAAACGAAGACUUUGCGGCCCUCAAGGACCUCGGAAUCCUCAUCGACUUCGACGAGGGAGGAUAUCUGUUGCAAUUGUUCACGAAGCAUCUUAUGGACAGACCCACCGUUUUCAUUGAGAUCAUUCAACGGAAUAACUUUUCGGGGUUCGGUGCUGGGAACUUCAAGUCGCUCUUUGAGGCCAUUGAGAGGGAACAAAUGGCUCGAGGAAAUCUUUAG